AAAUGAUUUUUAAGUGACUUUCAGCGUCGCCGAAAACUCUUCAACCGACGAGCUGCUGCCGUGUCGAGGAUCCCGCUUCAUCCACGCAAUCAUGUCGGACUCCAUAAAAAACGUCGCGAUAUUUGGAGCCACGGGAAUGACCGGGCUGGCGACGCUGCCGCAGGCGGUGACCGCAGGAUACAACGUGACGGUGUUGGUGCGAGAUCCCGCCAAGCUGCCUGCAGACCACAAGGCCUCCAGAGUGGUGGUGGGCGACGUCCUCAACAAGGACGACGUGAAGAAGACGAUGGAGGGCCAAGACGCCGUCGUCAUCAUCCUGGGCACCAGGAACGACCUCAGUCCAACCACCAUGAUGUCUGAAGGCACCAAGAACAUCCUGGACGCCAUGAAGGCUCGAGGGAUCCGCAAAGUGGUCGGCUGCAUGUCAGCCUUCCUCCUGUGGGAUCGAUCCAAAGUCCCUCCUCGUCUGAUUCCCGUCACCGAGGACCACGAGCGGAUGCACGCGGUGCUGAAGACGUCGGGGCUGGACUACGUGGCCGUGAUGCCUCCUCACAUCGGAGGCGACCUGCCGCUGACGGAGCGCUACAUGUCGGCGGAGAACAUGCUGAAGGGAAGAGCCAUCUCCAAACACGACCUCGGACAUUUCUUCGUCAAGUGUCUGUCCACCACCGAGUGGGACGGCAAGACUGUGGGAGUGUGGGGAGACUACCAGUGAUUCUGACCCGCGACCGAGUGCUGAUUGAUAAAUGAAGGAAAGAUUUACAUGCAAACUACGUACAGUGUUGUUUUCUUUAUGAACCAUCUGAGCCGUUUUCCCUUUUAGUGAUUCUGAUUGAGCAGCUUCUGCUUCCUGCUGGAUUUUUCUACUAAUUCUGCUGAAGACAUUUUAAAAACCUGCACCGCCGCUGCUGCUUUACAUGCUGAUGUUUUGUUUCCUGUGAUACAGUUUUCAACACAUUUUUAAAGCUGUUAUUAACAAGACUUUUGUACGAAAAAGUGGAAAGUUGUACAAAAGAUUGUGCUGAAAGAAUAAAGUGAGUGAACGUAAA